UGAUCGAUUGAAUACACCCCUCUCGCUACCCAGCUCAUGAUCCUAUCAAAGUAGCGUGUGUGAUGCGUAUGUUUGACUUUGGAAAAUUGAUUUUCAAUUCUUUUAUAAAAGAAAUUCAGUAUUUACAGUGAAUUAUCAGUGGCCAGUCAUGGUUUUCUAUCUUGCACACCUGUCGGUUGCCCUUAUUUUAUGUAAUUACACUCAAGCCUAUCAGUUUAUCGUAAAUCUCCCUGACAGCGCACAAACUGAAAUCGAGGAAUGCAUUCAAAUGUCUAGAAACUCACCGGUAAUACCAUGGCAAGCGGAAUUGGCCUGUAGUCAUGAGUAUUUCGCUAAUCUCGGUGCAAAUAAUCUUACAGAAGAAGAUUGGGCAGUGUUCGAAACAGCGACCGAGGAAGGUUUUGGCCACACUCCUCCAUCAUUUGGCAUAAGUAAAAGGCGGGACAUUCGCACAUUAUCUGAUGAGGAAUGGAAAAACGUGACAGAUGUUUUUAGAGAGUUAUACGAAACAGGAGUUCUUCAAUCAUUUGGCCGAUUGCAUGGGAAGGUGAAAUUAAGAGCUCACAAGGGAGGUGCGUUUUUACCAUGGCAUCGUGUCUUCCUGGCUCACUUCGAACAAGAGAUGAAGAAGAUAAAUCCUAGUGUAUCCUUGCCAUAUUGGGACUAUACGAUUGACAUCGAAAUCCUACAACCAUAUGAAUCUGUGUUGUGGACGCAAUGCUACUAUGGAGAGAAUAACGAUAUUGUCAAAUCAGGUUCCUUCAACUUCAUGUACGGCGCUCAUGGUACUGUCAUUGCAAGACAAAUUGCGGAAAAUUGCGACUCAACAAGGUUGAUAACUAAAACAGACAUAGACAUUUUAAAAGGAUUUUGUAGAUUUGAGGACAUAACAACGGGUGCUGAUACAGAAGAGACUGGGCACAAUCUUGAAACUCUACACGAUGGCGUACAUGACUACAUUGGUGGGGAUAUGGGUGUUGUUGAAAAUUCAGCAUACGAUCCAAUAUUUUGGUUUCAUCACGCAUUUAUUGACUAUAUAUGGGAGUCAUACAGGGAACAUCAGACGGCGAACUGUGGCGAGAUAGACAUUGAGUCCGAUUACCGGAGAGAGAAUGAUACUGGCCGGGAGGGUACCAUAGAGCAAGGCUACAAUGACACCUUAUUUGGUUAUCGCCACUUGAAGAUUAAAGAUGGACUUUGGCGAAACUGGACAGAGGUAUUUUUUAACUAUGAGACCCAACCUGCCUGUGGUGGAACAUGCACCGGAGAGUACCUUUACUGCGAUAACGAAAACCGCUGUUUAUCUCGUACAAAAAAUGCAUGUAAGGAGGAAAUCUCGACACGAAAAAAACGCGAAUUACUUGUACCACAAAUUUCCUGUGUGUCUGGAACGAAAUUUAGAGGCCUUAGAGGUGACGGAAGAACAAUAGACACGUCUAAAGAAGAAAGUAAAAAUAUUUUGAAAAAGUUAAGACAGGCUUUCAUAUCAGAAAAGCCCGAAACUGAAGAAGAUAGAGAUCCUUCACUUGAGAGAUUUGGAUUUGUUGUAAUCGGAAUAUGUGUUGGCGUGGCAUGUACUAUUGCAGUUUUCCUGAUUGUCAGACUAUGGAGAAAUAGAAACAAGUAAACAUUGAAAACAAGAAUACACGCUUUCAUCUUUAAACACCGUUUUAUAUAAAAUACCUUUUAAAAUUGUCAUAUGUUUUUUCGGAUAUUUUUAUUUCAUAUUUGUUUAUUUAACCUACUAAGGCAAAUGUUAUUGUUUUUAAUCGGAGCUACCAAUCAUAUGAGUUUCAUUUUGCAGCUUUUUUUUGCAAUUUUUUAUUGGCUACUAAUUGCUUUUUAUAUUUAGGCUUUUCGUAAUUGUAAAUAGAUGUUAACCAAGAUUAUAUUAUGCAAGACUGUGUCUGAUUUGUUGUAAUCAUUAAUGAUACACAUAUCUAAGUAACUAAAAGUUUUAAACUGUGAAAAGGAUAAUACCUUAUACAAUAAGUAAACACCCGAAUAUUUUUUUUUUGGAACACAUUCGGAUAAUUAUAUUGUUUAAUCUCUCAUCUUAAUCAUACCUCCAAAUCACCAAUAUGUUGUCAAAAUUAAAACAAAGUCAGCAGUAAAAAUAUCCUAUAAGAUUCAGGAUAGAAUGGUGAUUGAUUGAUGAAUAAUGUUUUGCUUUAUACAGUAAUGUGAUGGAUUAUAUAAGACCUCAAUGCUACAAACCUCAAGAUUAGGCAAAAUAUUUCAAGAGAGGCAAAAUAUUUCAAGAGAAUCAAAUUUGAUUGACUCCAUUGUUUUUAGCUAUUUGCAUCAUUUCCCCCGCUUUUUUAUUCACACAUUUUAUAGUAACAUGAUAUUCUUAUUGUAAACAAAGGGCAUUUCAGUAAACAUGUGCCUGAUUAUAUGUUGAAAGGGUCAUUUAUUUAGCUUAUCUAAAUAACUUGACCAGGUGUAGACUUCAUGUGUUUGUGCUAUAUCACUAUUUUGUGAAGACUACGAAAGGGCAGGGCUAUCGGCGACAAUGUGAAAUGCCUUGUUUUUGGUUGAAAAUUAAAUAGGUUAAUGUUUAACUAUACGCAUUAACAAAAAUAAUUGGUCCCGUGCCUGCGCCACGGUUGACCAAUUAUUUUUGUUUAUACAUGUACGUUUUAUAAUACUUUUAUUAAACACUAACCUAACUGAUGUAAAAUCCCUUCCAAAACUUGACAUUUUACAUGUACAUAGGGUUUAAUAUACACACAGCAACUGAGAUAAAAAUAGAUUUUUUUCAUUGAAAUGAAAUAUGAUACAGUUCAGUGAAUCGAUAUAGGAAAACAUUAACUCGUUGUAAAAGAAAUAUCUACAGUGAAACUGUACGAUUAUUAUGACACGCAGUAAGGGUUAUUUCGUAUAUUUUCUACCUAUUUAUGGUAAUUUACGUGGGUUUUAAGUGUCGUUUGCAGAGUGUUUAUUACUUUCUUACUCAUUUCACGUUAUUUUACUUUUGAAUACAUUUUCAAAAUUUCAUGAAAAUCAGCAUGAAUCUGCGUGGAGACAUAGUGUUUUAAGAAGUCAUAAUUAUCUAUGCAACCAAGACACGCAUGGUUGGAUGAACCUCGAUAUAUACAAACGUAUAAUUUUUUGUUCGCGAGUUUGCUGAGGCGUAGCUUGCUAAAACUUCAUACAAUGUACGUAUAUGAAAGCUUGCUCAUAUCACAAAUUUUGCCCAUAAGACUUUCAGGGCCUAUUAAGUAUGUUCAGUUAAAAUUGGUGACAUUAAAUAUUGUUAUACUUGCGAUUUAUUUUCUUCUUAUUAUGCUUAUUGAAUACUUCAUUGUCUUUCGAUAUAUAUAUAAAAUAUACAUAUCCUUUCUUAAUAAAGCCGCUUU